AUGGCCUUGUUGGGGAAGCGCUGCGACAUUCCCACCAACAGCUGCGGGCCCGACCGUUGGAGCUCCGCCUUCACCCGCAAAGACGAGAUCAUCACCAGCCUCGUGUCUGCGUUAGAUUCCAUGUGCUCGGCGCUCUCCAAGCUGAACGCAGAGGUGGCCUGUGUUGCUGUCCAUGAUGAGAGUGCCUUCGUGGUGGGCACCGAGAAGGGGAGAAUGUUCCUGAACGCACGGAACGAGCUGCAGUCAGAUUUCCUCAGGUUCUGCCGAGGGGCCCCCUGGAAGGAGCCAGAGACAGAGCAUCCCAAGAAGGUGUCGCGGGGCGAGGGUGGCGGCCGGAACAUCCCUCGGUCUUCCCUGGAGCAUGGCUCGGACGUGUACCUUCUACGGAAGAUGGUAGAGGAGGUGUUUGAUGUUCUUUAUAGCGAGGCCCUGGGAAGGGCCAGCGUGGUGCCCCUGCCCUACGAGAGGCUGCUCAGGGAGCCGGGGCUGCUGGCCGUGCAGGGGCUGCCCGAGGGCCUGGCCUUCCGGAGGCCGGCCGACUAUGACCCCAAGGCCCUCAUGGCCAUCCUGGAGCACAGCCACCGGAUCCGCUUCAAGCUCAAGAGGCCGCUUGAGGAUGGCGGGCGGGACUCGAAGGCCCUAGUGGAGCUGAAUGGUGUCUCCCUGAUAGCCAAGGGGUCUCGGGACUGCGGCCUGCACGGCCAGGCCCCCAAGGGGCCACCCCAGGACCUACCCCCCACUGGCACCUCGUCCGCUGUGGCCAGCUUCCUGUACAGCACCGCGCUCCCUAACCACACCACGAGAGAGCUCAAGCAGGAGGCGCCCGCCUGCCCACUUGCCCCCAGCGACCUGGGCCUUGGCCGGCCUGGGCCUGAGCCCAAGGCCUCUGGGGCCCAAGACUUCUCCGAGUGCUGUGGACAGAAGCCCCCCGGGCCCGGUGGCCCUCUCAUCCAGAACGUCCACGCCUCGAAGCGCAUCCUCUUCUCCAUCGUCCAUGACAAGUCAGAGAAGUGGGACGCCUUCAUAAAAGAAACCGAGGACAUCAACACGCUCCGGGAGUGUGUGCAGAUCCUGUUUAACAGCAGAUACGCGGAAGCCCUGGGCCUGGACCACAUGGUCCCCGUCCCCUACAGGAAGAUUGCCUGCGACCCAGAGGCUGUGGAGAUUGUGGGCAUCCCGGACAAGAUCCCCUUCAAGCGCCCCUGCACCUACGGGGUCCCCAAGCUGAAGCGGAUCCUGGAGGAGCGACACAGCAUCCACUUCAUCAUUAAGAGGAUGUUUGAUGAGCGAAUUUUCACAGGGAACAAGUUUACCAAAGACCCCACGAAGCUGGAGCCAGCCAGCCCGCCAGAGGAUACCUCUACAGAGAUCUCCCGUGCAUCUGUCCUCGACCUGCCCGGGACUGCUCGGUCAGACAAGAAUGGUGUCUCUGAAGACUGUGGGCCAGGAACUUCUGGGGAGCUGAGUGGGCUGAGGCCCAUUAAAAUUGAGCCAGAGGAUCUAGAUAUUAUUCAGGUCACCGUCCCAGACCCAUCGCCCACCUCUGAGGAGAUGACAGACUCAAUGCCUGGGCAUCUGCCCUCAGAAGAUUCUGGUUACGGGAUGGAGAUGCUGACUGAGAAAGGCCCCAGCGAGGACCCGCGGCCCGAGGAGAGGCCCGUAGAGGACAGCCACGGUGACGUGAUCCGGCCCCUGCGGAAGCAGGUGGAGCUUCUCUUCAACACGCGAUACGCCAAGGCCAUUGGCAUCUCGGAGCCCGUCAAGGUGCCCUACUCCAAGUUCCUGAUGUACCCUGAGGAGCUGUUUGUGGUGGGGCUGCCUGAAGGCAUCUCCCUCCGCAGGCCCAACUGCUUCGGGAUCGCCAAGCUCCGGAAGAUCCUGGAGGCCAGCAACAGCAUCCAGUUUGUCAUCAAGAGGCCCGAGCUGCUCACCGAGGGAGUCAAAGAGCCCAUCACGGACAGCCAAGGUACCCCGAGCUGGCUGCUCACCCUGGCUUCUCUCCCCCCUCCCCCGCCCCCAGAGAGGGAUUCCGGGGACCCUCUUGUGGACGAGAGCCUGAAGAGACAGGGUUUCCAAGAAAAUUAUGACGCUAGACUCUCGCGCAUCGACAUCGCCAACACGCUGAGGGAGCAAGUCCAGGAUCUGUUCAAUAAGAAAUACGGAGAAGCCCUGGGCAUCAAGUACCCCGUCCAGGUCCCCUACAAGCGGAUCAAGAGUAACCCCGGCUCGGUGAUCAUUGAGGGGCUCCCCCCAGGAAUCCCAUUUCGAAAGCCCUGCACCUUUGGCUCCCAGAACCUGGAGAGGAUCCUCGCAGUGGCUGACAAGAUCAAGUUCACGGUCACCAGGCCUUUUCAAGGACUCAUCCCAAAGCCUGAUGAAGAUGAUGCCAACAGACUAGGGGAGAAGGUGAUCCUCCGCGAGCAGGUGAAGGAGCUCUUCAAUGAGAAAUACGGCGAGGCCCUGGGCCUGAACCGGCCUGUGCUGGUCCCGUACAAACUGAUCCGGGACAGCCCGGAUGCUGUCGAGGUCACGGGACUGCCCGACGACAUCCCUUUCCGGAACCCCAACACGUAUGACAUCCACCGGCUGGAGAAAAUCCUGAAGGCCCGAGAGCACGUGCGCAUGGUCAUCAUCAACCAGCUCCAACCUUUUGCAGAAAUCUGCAAUGACGCCAAGGUGCCAGCCAAAGACAGCGGCAUUCCCAAACGCAAGAGAAAGAGGGUCUCCGAAGGGAACUCCUUCUCGUCCUGCUCGUCUUCCUCCUCCUCCUCCUCCAACCCGGAGUCCGUGGCGUCCACCAACCCGAUCUCACUCGUGCAAUGGCCAAUGUACAUGGUGGACUAUGCCGGCCUGAACGUGCAGCUCCCGGGACCUCUGAAUUACUAGACCUCAGUGCUGAAUCAGGACCUCA